UCCUGUGUCACUUAACUAUGCAGUCGACCAGACAGUAAUCAUAAUAUAUAGAGAGGUAUUUCCUUAAUUCGUUCUGACUUCUGCAGAAUUUUACUAUUAAUACCAUAGAGCGAUUAAAUACCGCGUUGUCUCCAGCAACGAGAAUCUACAUUUCUAUGAGAAAAAAACAGAUACAAGUAUAGUUGGUUAUCUGGAGACGUUUACAAUCACUCACGUCCUAGGGCAAUCGAUUCAUCAUUCCGGCAAUGCAGCUAUUGAUAUCGUUUGUUGUUCCCUGUCUGAUCGCCUUGUUGAGUUUUCCCGCCAAUUCUGCAGCGGACUCCGGAUGGCAGUCACAUCGGUGCGGAGCCCCGAGCCCUCUCAAACAUGGUACCUUGUCAAUCAUUGGAGAGGGAUUGUACGCUUCCUUCGCAUGUAACCAAGGAUUUUCACUGUAUGGGUCAAGAAAGAUUCGUUGCCUUGGAAACGGGCAAUGGUCGGCCGAAAGUCCAAUAUGCGUAGCGACUGGAUGUAGUCCACUACCGAAGUUCCCAAAAGGACGGACCUCGACCCGAAUGGACGGAGCCGUAGUAGUCUACAAAUGCCCCAAGAGGACAUGGAUCCGAGGCUCCAAGACCAUCUUCUGCAACGGUGAACGCUGGAACGACACGGUGCCAACUUGCAAGGGUAGCCCCCGACCCGACCCGGAUUUCUUGCCCAUUUCCAACUGCCCGUUGCCACCGCAGGUCCACAGCGGCGUGGCCGUGAAGGGUUUCGAAUACGUGACCUACACGUGUAUCAACCGGACGGUACCCACGCUGGGUUCAGGGGUACUGCGGUGUUUGUCGAAUGGCGAAUGGGAUCGACAACCAGUGGUGUGCGCAAAACCAGGGUGUCCUCGUCUAACCGAGCCUCCGAAUGGACUGGUCAUCGAGAAGUUUGGCCUCUCUGUGCUGGAGUUCCGCUGCUUCCUCAACUUCCACCUUCUUGGCCCCUCAAUCCUGUUCUGUGACGGCCAGAGAUGGAACGGAACCGCGCCUUCCUGCGUCCAGGAGCUCCCACCCGACCCCUCCCCCCGUCCUGGAGCUGGACUCCUUCCGGAAUUCACGGUCGAGGACGGUACCAGCUGUGGCCAGUCUAGAGCCAUUCGGCAUGGUCAACCAAGUUAUUCUACCGAGUUGGAUGACAGAGGAAAUACUUACUGGGCCGUAGAGUACAUAUGUGAUCCUGGAUACCGGGUGCUGAUGAAUGACAGGCUGUUCUGUUCUGCAGGAGUCUGGAUUGGUGAACUACCUCAGUGUGUUGCGUUCUGUGGCAUUAAUAACGGGGGCUGUUCACACUACUGUCUUAGUAUCAAUGGAAGAGCCACAUGUACCUGUAGACCGGGAUACAGACUUCACAUAAAUGGAAGGAGCUGUAAUGAUGUGAAUGAGUGCGCUCCGAACAGUGGAAGGGGACCGUGUGCGGAGUUCUGCAAUAACUUAGCUGGUGGAUUCGCAUGCAGGUGCCAACGGGGAUAUCGGCUCAAUGAAGAUGGACAUUCUUGCUCAUACCAGCCUACGGAUCCUUGCUCUCGAAUCCGCUGUGCGUAUGGAACAUGUGUGUCCGUCAACGGAUCUGCGUCGUGCCAAUGUCCCCGAGGGUUUGUACUAUCUCGAGAUUUGCGGACAUGCCAAGACAUUGAUGAAUGUGAAACCAUGAGAGCGCGGUGUGAGUACGAAUGUCGGAACACGUACGGGAGUUACCAGUGUCUCUGCCCGUCAGGAUGGGCGUUGACUGACGGCGAGAGGUGUAGAGAAUGUGGCAUCAAUACUUAUGUGAGUUCUAACGGGAAACGGUGUCUGGCCUGCCCUGAUAAUUCCAGAACCGAUGGAUCCGGUAAAACAUCGAUUGUAGCAUGCGUCUGUGAAGAAGGCUACGAGAAAAACCCGGGAACAAGAUCAUGUGACGAUAUAAAUGAGUGCACCACACGUAAUGGAGGAUGUCAGCACUUAUGUGAGAACACAGACGGUUCAUACUUCUGCAAGUGCAUGCCCGGAUAUACACUAGACACAGCGGACCAGCAUUCGUGUAUAGAGAUAGACGAAUGUGCCUUGAUGAACAAUGGGGGAUGCCAGCAUGAAUGCAGAAACUCACCCGGAAGUUAUUCCUGUACUUGUAUGGAAGGUUACGCAGUGGACCCUUAUGAUCGAUACAGAUGCACAGACGUGGAUGAGUGCUCGUUUGAUAGCUCCAGGUGUGAGCAUGUUUGUAUCAACACAGAAGGAGGAUUCUACUGCGAAUGUAACUCUGGAUACACACUCAAUGGCGACGGAAGAAUGUGUACAGCUGAUGUUUGCCUGCCUUUGUCAUCUCCAGCUAAUGGUCGAGUCAAUGUAUCAUGCAAUGCUGAUGGUGCAAAUACUUUACUUGUUGGAUCGAGGUGUGCUUAUGAAUGCGAUGCUGGAUUCGGAUUGAAAGGGGAGACGGAGCUGUCGUGUCUCUCUGGUGGACAGUGGUCAGGCGCCCCACCCACGUGUGUCCGAGUACAGUGCUCAACACUCGCGGUGCCGGAGAAUGGUCGAGUUACCCCGGAGGGUUGCCGUCUGGGCCCCAGUUCAUCGGGGUCUGUGUGCCGCUUUUCGUGUAGUAGCGGAUUCAACCUGCUCGGACGGGGUAAUCUGAGGUGCAACAAAAAAGGGGUGUGGUCGAACAGGGCUCCCCUCUGCUCAAGAGAUGCUCUCAUACGAUGCGCCGAUGACGUCACGACUCGCUUACCCCGCGGUAACUCUGAGAUGACCAUUGACCUUCCAGAGCCUGAUCAUCUUCUGGACAUGGUCAAUGCCACCCAUUCAAUGACUGGUCAUCUGUUUGGGGUUGGUCAGACUGCGGUCACUUUUACAGCCUACUCGAUUGACCAUGUAACUUGGGCAUCUUGCACAAUGAUGGUGACUGUUAUAGACAAAGAAAAACCCAGAGUAGUGGAUUGUCCCCGCUCACAGACGAUAAAGACAGAAGAACAAUACAUGACGUCACUAGAAGUGCCUGAACCUAUCUUCAUUGACAACGUUGGGGUCGUGAACAUUACAAGGAUCAUCGAGCCUUCAGGUCUUAUUACAUGGGGUACUUACGAGGUACAAUAUUUUGCAUCGGAUAGCAGUGGGAACACGGCUUCCUGCACCACGUCUGUGACUGUCCAAGCUCUUUCUGAAGAUUGCGGGAUCCUUAACGGUCCUCUAAACGGCAACCACUUCUGUACAGCCUGGCUCAAUGGUCAGAUAUGCCAACCGACCUGCUUACCGGGGUUUUAUUUCUUUGAUGGUCCCCUGACUUCACCUACAUACAUAUGCGGACGGGAUGGACGUUGGGACCCAGCGAAAAAAGCGCCAGACUGCACAGUGUACUCGCUUGUUGGAAAUUCGUCAGUGCCCUGUGCACCCGGGAAAGAGAUGAAGGAUUACCCAGCGUUGGGAGGAGUGGCAUGCAUGGACUGCCCUCGAGGGAUGUACUCAUCGGACCUUGGACCGGCCACCCAGCCCAUCUGUAAGCCAUGUCCUCAGGGUCUCUAUCAGGACAGACCAGGCCAAAUCUCCUGCCUUGCAUGCCCCACUGGGACGACCACCACCUCCACGGGAACCAUCAACGUCGGGCAAUGCAGAAGUAAGAACACAGGUCUUACAGCACAAGGCAGUGAAACCGAACCUCAGCCUUGAUCUAAGUACACUGCACAUGAAAUCACCAGUUACCAACAAGAUUUAUUUUUGUUCAGAUCAAAGAACAAUUCCAAAUAUAUGCGCCAAUUCGGCAUUAUCAUACAUUCAUAAAGUUAUAAGAUUUUCUGUUUCUGGUACAUCAAAUCAUUAAUGAUUGGUGAAAAUGGAUAGGUGCUAAGCUAAACUAUAUGUAUUGGUGUGUUGCAUUUGAUAAUCAGUUUGACCAGACUUUGGGAUGUGAUUGAAA